GUACUGAGCCGCUUUAAAUUCACACCGGCGGACGCAGAUCACAUUCGCGGAACUGUACAGCACUCCAGAACUUUCUAAUCAUCGAAUCACCAUAAGUGUUUUAUUUCCACAUAAUGGCAAACUACAUUCACGUCCCUGAUUGCGCUCCUGUCGUCCCCAAAUUCAAUGUGACUGUAGAUGAGCAGGAUUACAGACCCGGAGCACUGCAGCUAAUCAAAGAGCUCAGACCCAACUGGAAACCAUCCGAGGUCAAAAUGAAGUCUUUCACAGACGGCAUCACGAACAAGCUGAUUGGCUGCUAUGUGGGAGGAACCCUGCAGGACGUGGUGCUGGUGCGCAUCUAUGGCAACAAAACAGAGCUUCUUGUGGACCGUGGCAAUGAGGUAAAAAGCUUUAGAGUCCUGCAGGCACAUCACUGUGCCCCACGCCUCUACUGUACUUUCAACAAUGGCCUCUGCUAUGAGUUCCUGGAGGGUAUGGCGCUAGAGCCUGAGCACAUCCGCAACCCUGCUAUUUUCAGGCUCAUUGCAAGACAGCUGGCAAAGUACCAUGUCAUCCAUGCUCACAAUGGCUGGGUGCCCCAGUCAGAUCUUUGGUUGAAGAUGGGCAAGUACUUUACCCUCAUCCCCACAGGCUUUAAGGAUCUGGAAAAGAACCAAAGGCUGAACAGUGAUGUGCCCAGUGUGGCGUGUUUAAGAGAGGAGCUGGUGUGGCUACAGCAUAGCCUCUCCAAGCUAGGCUCACCGGUCGUACUCUGCCACAACGACCUGCUGUGUAAGAACAUCAUCUACCAGCAGAAAGGAGGACAUGUCAAAUUUAUUGACUACGAAUAUGCUGGGUACAAUUACCAAGCCUAUGACAUUGGGAACCACUUCAACGAAUUUGCAGGUCUGAACGAGGUGGACUACAGUCUGUAUCCUACCCGAAGGCUGCAGCUGCAAUGGCUGAGGGCUUAUCUAGAGGCCUACAAGGAAUAUAAGGAAUAUGGCACUGAAGUCUCAAACAAGGAGGUAGAGGUCUUGUAUGUACAGGUCAACCGCUUUGCCCUGGCAUCUCAUUUCUUUUGGGGUUUAUGGGCCCUAAUUCAGGCAAAAUAUUCAACUAUCGACUUUGAUUUCUUGGGAUAUGCAGUUCUUCGUUUCGGUCAGUACUUCAAGAUAAAACCUGAGGUGACGGCACUGACCUUUCCUGAAUAGUUAUUUAGCUUGGUGGUUUUGCUCUCUUUGGUGGCCCUGGACAUUACUAGUUCUUUGGGCUGCACCUACUACACUGAAUGCUAGAAAAAAUGGAAAAACAUCUCUUUGUUUAGCACCUCCUCUAUAGUUUUUGUUGGGAGCUGCGGUGUCAUACAUAUCCAUGGGUUGUUGGUGCCUCGACAGAGCCACCAAACUAGAACGGCAUUACUAGACAUUGCACAUUGUGGUUGUUAUAUAUUUCAAGCCAAUAUAAACUUUGUGCCGCUAAAUGAAUUAGGACCAAAAACAGAUUAAGACCUGUUGUUUUCUCAGUAAGUGGUCCAAACUAUUCACCCACAUAGCAAGCUAGUCAGAUGUCUGAAAGAUGCCAACAUCCCAGACUAUGAGACCUAUAGGUCAUUCCUGUUUGUUUACAAUUUUAAGUGACAUGAAAAAACAUUCAGCUGCAGGGUAAUUUUGGUUUACUUCUUCCAUAUAUUUGUGGAGCAUAAGGACUUCCAGACUUGGAUGGGUUAUAGCUGGCAUAGCUACUAUAAGCUCUGUGAUUGGAGGACCAAUGGAAUUUCUGUUGAACGCUUGCUUUUUCUUUCUUUGUAACUACUUUUGCAUUCUGUCACUUUGAGCCUGUUACUGUAUUCACACUAAAACUGAUAACUGUUAAAAGGUGCUUAGCUAAGAGGUAGUGUACUUUUAUGCCUAUAGCUUUCAUCUUAAACGUCAAGCCUACACCAAAGUGCUGAGGUUCCUCAAUUGUACAAAUUUGCACAAAAUGUAUAAUACAAGGCAAUUUCCAUUAUCAAUAAGAGCAGGUUUGCUUGCAUGUUAAUUGCAAAGUUCAAAUGCAAAAAAAAAAAAAAAAAAAAAAAAAAAAAACAUUUCCAAUGAUUUCACUGAUCAACUUUAUUGUAUUUUGUAAACUAAAACACAUUUUAGUUUAAUGCCUGCAACACACUCCAAAAAGUUAGGACAGAGGUGUGUUCACGCCUGUGUUCAAUCACCUUUCCUAUUAAUGAGACUUUUUUAAUGGUUUGGAAACUAAGGACAGUGAUUGUUGCAUUUUUGCAAGUAGAAUUUAGCUGCUCAGUAAUGGACUUCCAAGGAAAAGAUGUCACCAUGAUGGCAGCAUGAGUCUCUCUAAAAUUCCAACAAGUACCUCUGCGUCAAUGGUACCUUCACACAUAUGCAGGUCAAUAAAGAUUCUACUUUUAUUAGUCAAAUUUCAGAAAUGGGGUUUGGAAUAAGAGGUUAGUGUAAUGGUCAUGAUGCCUUAAUGAUGACAGACCUUGUUGCCGCCUGUGUUCAGACCUUUUUUUAAGUCCAAAUGUGUAAACAAUUGGUCUUAAUUGUAUUAGUAUGUAUAGCUUGAGUUUUGACUUAAAGUUAAGACCAGUCUUGCACUAGAGUAGCUAUAUGAAUUGGAUGUAUCUUCAAGUCUAAUUCAAAAUUUGGCUUUUAUGGGUCUUAGAGACCCCAAGCACUUACUUUCAGUCUAAUUUGGUUUCUUACUUUAUUUGCUUAGCCCCAUCACAACUUAACAUGUUGUAUAUAUAGAUACUGUGAAUCUCAGAUCUCUAGAUACGAGCUCUGUUUAUAAUUCAACAUAAGCUUUUCUACGCAAACAUUUCUUAGAAAUAUGAAUGUGUUUUUCAGUUUAAAACACAUUUAUAUAUUUAUGUUGUAAAAACAAGGAAAUGCUGCCAAGCUAUACUAAAUCAUUAAUCUGUCACUUGAAGCAGAAAAUCUCAAACAGGUUUCAUCUUUGUACUGGUUUGCAGUGCUUUUAGGCUGCAACUUUAUCUGCUUUAAUACAAUUGUUCUCUCAGACAUGUGAUUGUACAGCAAAUAGUCUCAUAAAAGUGUAAACUACCACAUGAAGAAUAUGUGUAUAUGUAAAUCUUUAAACAGCUGUAAAAUGCUUGUGUCUAGUGUAAAAUUGUACAUAGGGGCAAGUUACUUUAAAACAAAAUCAAAUUUAAAUCAGUAAGCAUUGGGAGAUAAGAUAUAUGGGAUGUAGAGUUACAUUUUACAUUCUGUAUUUUCAUCAUCUGAUUGCAAAUAAAAAAUUUAAAACUAA